AUGGCUUCAUAUCUGAUCACUGGCGCCAAUCGUGGCCUUGGACUGUUGAUGGUCUCAUUCCUUGCUUCUAAACCAGCCUCAGAGGUCCGUCUCAUUAUCGCGGCGGCCCGAAAAUCCAGUACGGAGCUGGAUAAGCUUGUUGCGGACUCGAACUUGGCGUCGAAGCCUACCGUCAUUGCGCUAAAUCUCUCGGUCGCCCAGGACACGAGCGUAGGUGCCUUCGCAGACGAAGUGGCCAAGGUGCUGGGGUCAAGCGGACUGGACGUCUUGAUCAACAACGCUGGUGUAUUAUAUUAUUCGUCCGAUCCAAAAGCCCCGAUGGAGACCAUGGACAAUCUCUUCCAGCAUUGGGAGGUCAAUGUCAACGGUGUCCAUCUCGUUUCUAAGGCCCUUCUGCCUCUGCUCCGGCAGGGCUGGAAGAAGACAAUCGUCAAUGUGUCCUCAGCUAUGAGCUCAAUCACCCGAGCCCGGGAAUUUAUGUUCCAACCUUGUCCAGCCUAUAAAAUCACUAAAGCUGCGAUGAACAUGAUGACGGUGCAAUACGCCUCAUAUCUUGAGCCGGAAGGGUUUGUAGUGUUUAACAUCGAUCCUGGUUGGGCCAGAACCGAAAUGGGCUCGCAACAUGCCGACCUAGACCCUAAGGAGUCUGCUGAAUGUUUAAUCACCAAAGUCCUAUCUGCCACUAGCCAGGACAAUGGAAAGUUCUUCGAUGCAAACGUACCAUCGUGGGAGUACAAAGGGGGUCCUAAUCGGUACAACGGGCAAAUUAUCCCGUGGUGA